AUGCUCGUGGAUGACCACGAGAUCAUGCGUGACGGCCUGCGGGAGGUGCUCCAGCGCGCCGGGGAUUUCGAUGUCGUGGGUCAGGCCGGAGACGGUGCGGCGGCGGUGAGGGUCGCGCAGAGUCUCCGGCCCGACGUGAUCAUCAUGGACGUCAUGAUGCCGCUCAAGAACGGCAUCGACGCCUGCCGGGAGAUCACUGAGAUGCUCCCGGACACAAGAGUGCUCAUGCUGACAGCCGCAUCGGAAGAGGAUGCUGUCAUGGAGGCGGUAGCUGCUGGCGCGACUGGAUACCUUCAGAAGUACUCCGGCAAGGAUAGGCUUCUGAACACGGUCCGCGACGUUGCACAGGGCGAGUACCGCUUACCAGCCGAUGUGAUAAGACGAGUGUUCGCUGGAAUCCGAGGAACGGCGCAGUCGAAAGCGGACACCGGAGUGAGGAGGCUGACCGCGCGGGAAAGGGAGAUACUCACGCUCUUUGCGCAGGGGCUGUCCUACGCGAAGAUCGCUGAGACCAGGGGCAACCAGCCGGUGACGAUACGCAACGCUAUCUACGGCAUCCAGAACAAGCUGGGGAUCGAGACGAAGCAGGGGCUGGUGGUCUGGGCUGUGCGAAGCGGCCUCUUGGACGAUUAUCAGAUAGGGAGAUGA